AUGGCUGGGUCGGAAGACAACGCGUUGAGCCCUUCCCGUGUACUUGAAGUCGUGCUUGCAUCGCUGCGGGGCGACGGACAAACAGAACCAUCAAUCAAGAAUGCCUACGAAGCAAUAGCACUUGUUGGCCAUGCAUCUAUGGUCGCCACACAGUUCCGUCUUAUUGGAUUGGGCGAAGAACAAAAUAUUGACAAUACAGACGCCACGAUUCUUCCAAAAGAAUGGAACGCUCAUAAUAACACUUACUCAUUCCGAUAUGCUCUCCAACAGUCAUCAACUGAAUACUUACUGAAAGUCAGUCGACUUGGCAAUAAUGCAGUCAUUAUGGGGCUGGCUAGGGAUGACAAGGCAACAUCAUUUGAUGUGCCGGUGUCCGAGUUCAUUUCAUCGUCUGCCCUACCUUUCCAGAUACAACGAGAUCAGCCAGACAGUUUGAAGUCGAUAUUUGUGUCAUCUAAUCGCCUCGAUGAUUUGAUCAGUCUUUUCAAGAUCCAUAUUAUCCAGAAAUAUGCCAUCCCCAGCCCAAACCAACAGGCCGUUGAUGAAGCUCGUGAUCAACGACGACAACAACAACCGGAAGGGCCUCCACAGCAUGAUCCGUUGAAAGAGGACAUAGCUCCUCCACCUGCUCGUCCAUAUCCAUUCGAUGAUCCCUUAGCUGCAGAACCACGUCGACAAACACCUACUGGCGAUUUUGCUCCUCCUGGUUUUGAAGACGAGUAUGAGUUGAGUCGACGGUCGCGAGGCCGCGCGAUGCCCUACGGAGAAGGAAACUAUCCACGCAGCGGCGACAGAGAUCUAUAUCCUCAAGGCUUAGGCCCUCGUGACCCUUUAAGAGGAACAUUUAGACCUGGUUCAAGAGGCGGUGGGAUGCACCCGACACCCGAUGAUCCGAUGUUUGGGGGGUUUGGAGGACAGCAAGGCGGUUACGACCCGCAAGCGCCGCCAGGAUCUCGAUAUGACCCUGUAGGUCCGUGGGACGCACCGCCGUAUGGUCGAGGGUCUGGCCCUGGGGGACGUGGGUUUGGGUCUGGAGGAUUUGGAUCCGGAGGGAUCGGUGGAGGGUUUGGCGGUGGUGGUAUCAUUUAA